GCAGUCGCUGGCCGAGUAUGGCUCGAUGCGGAUGGAUAAGGCGCUGUAGAGCGACAACGGCUUAUAACGAUCGGAACAUCAUCGGUGCGCCUGCCCCGUCUGCCGCCACCACCUGCAGCAGUUUUCUUGCGUCAUGAUUCACCUGGCGUCGGCGUUCAGCGUAGACGCAUCGCUGUGAUUUAUACUGGCACCGAUGGCAAGGCUGUUGGCACCGGUGGCAAGACAGUUGUGUGCUACUGGCAGUCGUGGUCACACAAGAGGCCGGCACCACAUACGUACACCGUCGACGACAUCCCCGUUCAUCUAUGCACGCACGUGAUCUACUCCUACGCCAAGUUAGAUAACCGUACCAGUAGCCUGUACCUCGACAAAACAUUUGACGCAGGGAAAGAUGGAUACAUUCGAUUCCUGGGCCUAAGAAAGAGAAACCCCAAAGUGAAGCUCCUACUUGCCCUGGGAGACCGGUACGGCAGCGACAAUGCCGCCUGGCAGGAAGCCGUCCACGACCCGUCCAGGAGGUACCACGUCGUGACCAUGGUCUACAGGCUGUUGAGGGAGUAUAACUUUGACGGCGUUCACAUCAACUGGGAGAUAGCCAACGGCAAUGAGGACAGCGGCACCGACAAUGCAUUCGUCAAGUUCGCUUGGCAAAUACAAAGGACCUUCAAGCGACACACCAAUUUCAUUAUGAGCUGCGUCAUCGUCCUGCCAAAACAGAAAGCCGUCUACAGCUUCCUGCCCGAGCUCGUUCCGUAUGUCGACUUUUUCCACGCCAGCGUUCGGAGCGUAUCAACUGGCAUCAUCGGCACGUCUAAUAGCACGCACAGGAACAAAGGUGCAUUGUCUACGCCUUUGUCACACACAGACAUCAGGCGUAGUCUACAAUACCUAUUGGGAGCCGGCUUGCCCCAUGAAAAACUUCUCCUUGAAGUUCCAUUCUCGGGGCUCGAAGUUCGCUCGAGUCUUGAGCCUUCUAAGGAGCAUAACGAUGAAAAUCACGAUAUAAUUCCGUAUUUCAAGGUGUGCAUGAUGCUCCGCAGCGGAGCUCCUUCUAAGUGGGACGAACAAAGACUGUUGUCCUACUUACUUCUAGGGGACGGUCAGCGUGUAUUUUAUGACGACGCUGACAGCGUACGUCGAAAGGUGAUUCUCGCAAGAUCCACAGGAAUCGGAGGGGUGGUUGCAUGGGCAGUGGAUGGGGAUAACCAGGAUGCAGCAUACAAGCGCAAGAACGACCUGCUUAAAGGCAUUGUCGAAGGCAUGAAUGUGGAUAUUAAUUUGCCGGAUAUCACCACAAUGCAAGCAGCACAUGUAGAAAUAUCAGAAACAUCAUCAGUUCCGAAUUUCUGGACGGAGAUUGCAACUGAUGGAUUGAGAAUCACUGUUGACCAUACAGAGACAGAAGACUCACACACAUCAUUAUCAGAAACAUCAUCGGUCUCAAGUUUCUGGAGCGAAAAUGCCAUGAAAAAUGUGGGAACCACUGCUGAUCAUACAGUUACAGAAGGCUCGCACACAUCGAUAUCAGGAACAUCAUCUGUCCCAAGUUUAUGGAACGAGAACUCCACGAAAAAUGCGGGAACCACGGUUGAUCAUACAGUUACAGAAGGCUCGUACAGAUCGAUAUCAGAAACAUCAUCUCUUUCAAGUCUCUGGAGCAAGAACGCCACAGAACAUGUGGGAACCACUGCGGAUCAUGCAGUUACAGAAGGCUCGUACACAUCGAUAUCAGAAACAUCAUCGGUUCCAAGUCUCUGGAGCAAGAACGCCACAGAAGAUGUGGGAACCACUGCGGAUCAUGCAGUUACGGAAGGCUUUUACACAUCGAUAUCAGAAACAUCAUCUGUCCCAAGUUUCUGGAGCGAGAACGCCACGCAAAAUGCGGAAACCACUGUUGAUCAUACAGUUACAGAAGGCUCGUACACAUCGAUAUCAGAAACAUCAUCUGUUCCAAGUCUCUGGAACAAGAGUGCCACAGAAAAUGUGGGAACCACUGCGGAUCAUGCAGUUACGGAAGGCUUGUACACAUCGAUAUCAGAAACAUCAUCUGUUCCAAGUCUCUGGAGCAAGAACGCCACAGAACAUGUGGGAACCACUGCGGAUCAUGCAGUUACAGAAGACUUGCACACAUCGAUAUCAGAAACAUCGUCUGUCCCAAGUUUCUGGAGCGAGAACGCCACAGAAAAUGUGGGAACCACUGCGGAUCAUGCAGUUACAGAAGGCUCGUACACAUCGAUAUCAGAAACAUCAUCUGUCUCAAGACUCUGGAAUGAGAACGCCACAGAAAAUGUGGUAACCACUGUUGAUAAUACGAUUACAGAAGGCUCCUACACAUCGAUAUCGGAAACAUCGUCUGUCCCAAGUUUCUGGAGCGAGAACGCCUCAGAAAAUGUGGUAACCACUGUUGAUAAUACGAUUACAGAAGGCUCCUACACAUCGAUAUCGGAAACAUCAUCUGUCCCAAGUUUCUGGAGCGAGAACGCCUCAGAAAAUGUGGGAACCACUGCGGAUCAUGCAGUUACAGAAGGCUCGUACACAUCGAUAACAAAAACAUCAUCUGUUCCAAGUCUCUGGAGCAAGAACGCCACAGAAAAUGUGGGAACCACUGCGGAUCAUGCAAUUACGGAAGGCUUGAACACAUCUAUAUCAGGAACAUCAUCUGUUCCAAGUCUCUGGAGCAAGAACGCCACAGAAGAUGUGGGAACCACUGCGGAUCAUGCAGUUACGGAAGGCUUGUACACAUCGAUAUCAGAAACAUCAUCUGUUCCAAGUCUCUGGAGCAAGAACGCCACAGAAAAUGUGGGAAGCACUGCGGAUCAUGCAGUUACGGAAGGCUUGUACACAUCAUUAUCAGAAACAUCAUCGGUCUCAAGUUUCUGGAGCGAAAAUGCCAUGAAAAAUGUGGGAACCACUGCUGAUCAUACAGUUACAGAAGGCUCGCACACAUCGAUAUCAGGAACAUCAUCUGUUCCAAGUCUCUGGAACAAGAGUGCCACAGAAAAUGUGGGAACCACUGCGGAUCAUGCAGUUACGGAAGGCUUGUACACAUCGAUAUCAGAAACAUCAUCUGUUCCAAGUCUCUGGAGCAAGAACGCCACAGAAAAUGUGGGAACCACUGCAGAUCAUGCAGUUACAGAAGACUUGUACACAUCGAUAUCAGAAACAUCGUCUGUCCCAAGUUUCUGGAGCGAGAACGCCACAGAAAAUGUGGGAACCACUGCGGAUCAUGCAGUUACAGAAGGCUCGUACACAUCGAUAUCAGAAACGUCAUCUGUCUCAAGACUCUGGAAUGAGAACGCCACAGAAAAUGUGGUAACCACUGUUGAUAAUACGAUUACAGAAGGCUCCUACACAUCGAUAUCGGAAACAUCAUCUGUCCCAAGUUUCUGGAGCGAGAACGCCUCAGAAAAUGUGGUAACCACUGUUGAUAAUACGAUUACAGAAGGCUCCUACACAUCGAUAUCGGAAACAUCAUCUGUCCCAAGUUUCUGGAGCGAGAACGCCUCAGAAAAUGUGGGAACCACUGCGGAUCAUGCAGUUACAGAAGGCUCGUACACAUCGAUAACAGAAACAUCAUCUGUUCCAAGUCUCUGGAGCAAGAACGCCACAGAAAAUGGGGGAACCACUGCAGAUCAUGCAAUUACGGAAGGCUUGAACACAUCCAUAUCAGGAACAUCAUCUGUUCCAAGUCUCUGGAGCAAGAACGCCACAGAAGAUGUGGGAACCACUGCGGAUCAUGCAGUUACGGAAGGCUUGUACACAUCGAUAUCAGAAACAUCUGUUCCAAGUCUCUGGAGCAAGAACGCCACAGAAUAUGUGGGAAGCACUGCGGAUCAUGCAGUUACGGAAGGCUUGUACACAUCUAUAUCAGAAACAUCAUCUGUUCCAACACUCUGGAACGAGAACGCCACAGAAAAUGUGGUAACCACUGUUGAUAAUACGGUUACAGAAGGCUCCUACACAUCGAUAUCAGAAACAUUAUCUGUUCCAAGCCUCUGGAGCGAGAACGCCACAGAAAAUGUGGGAACGACUACGGAUCAUGCAGUUACGGAAGGCUUUUACACAUCGAUAUCAGAAACAUCAUCUGUCCCAAGUUUCUGGAGCGAGAACGCCACGCAAAAUGUGGAAACCACUGUUGAUCAUACAGUUACAGAAGCCUCGUACACAUCGAUAUCAGAAACAUCAUCUGUUCCAAGUCUCUGGAACAAGAGUGCCACAGAAAAUGUGGGAACCACUGCGGAUCAUGCAGUUACGGAAGGCUUGUACACAUCGAUAUCAGAAACAUCAUCUGUUCCAAGUCUCUGGAGGAAGAACGCCACAGAAAAUGUGGGAACCACUGCGGAUCAUGCAGUUACGGAAGGCUUGAACACAUCUAUAUCAGAAACAUCAUCUGUUCCAAGUCUCUGGAGCAAGAACGCCACAGAAGAUGGGGGAACCAGUGCGGAUCAUGCAGUUACGGAAGGCUUGUACACAUCGAUAUCAGAAACAUCAUCUGUUCCAAUUCUCUGGAGCGAGAACGUCACGCAAAAUGUGGAAACCACUGUUGAUCAUACAGUUACAGUAGGCUCGUACACAUCGAUAUCAGAAACAUCAUCUGUUCCAAGUCUCUGGAACAAGAGCGCCACAGAAAAUGUGGGAACCACUGCGGAUCAUGCAGUUACGGAAGGCUCGUACACAUCGAUAUCAGAAACAUCAUCUGUUCCAAGUCUCUGGAGCAAGAACGCCACAGAAAAUGUGGGAACCACUGCGGAUCAUGCAGUUACGGAAGGCUUUUACACAUCGAUAUCAGAAACACCAUCUGUCCCAAGUCUCUCGAGCAAGAACGCUAGAGAAAAUGUGGGAACCACUGCGGAUCAUGCAGUUACAGAAGGCUUGUACACAUCGAUGUCAGAAACAUCAUCUGUUCCAAGUCUCUGGAGCAAGAACGCCACAGAAGAUGUGCGAACGACUAUGGAUCAUGCAGUUAGUGAAGGCUCUUACACUUCGAUAUCAGGAACAUCAUCUGUCCCAAGUUUCGUGAGCGAGAACGCAACAAAACAUGUGGGAACCACUGUUGAUUAUACAGUUACGGAAGGCUCGUACACAUCGAUAUCAGGAACAUCAUCUGUUCCAAGUCUCUGGAGCAAGAACGCCACAGAAUAUGUGGGAACCACUGCGGAUCAUGCAGUUACAGAAGGCUCGUACACAUCGAUAUCAGAAACAUCAUCUGUCUCAAGUCUCUGGAACGAGAACGCCACAGAAAAUGUGGUAACCACUGUUGAUAAUACGGUUACAGAAGGCUCCUACACAUCGAUAUCAGAAACAUCAUCUGUUCCAAGCCUCUGGAGCGAGAACGCCACAGAAAAUGUGGGAACGACUACGGAUCAUGCAGUUACAGAAGGCUCGUACACAUCGAUAUCAGGAACAUCAUUUGUUCCAAGCCUCUGGAGCAAGAACGCCACAGAAAAUGUGGUAAGCACUGUUGAUAAUACAGUUACGGAACGCUCGUACACAUCAAUAUCAGAAACAUCAUCUGGGCCAAGUUUCUGGAGCGAGAACCCCACAAAAAAUACGGGAACCACUGUUGAUCAUAAUGUUGCAGAAGGCUCGUACACAUCAAUAUCAGAAACAUCAUCUGUCUCAAGUCUCUGGAACGAGAACGCCACAGAAAAUAUGGUGACCAGUGUCGAGAAUACGGUUACAGAAGGCUCCUACACAUCGAUAUCAGAAACAUCAUCUGUCCCAAGUUUCUGGAGCGAGAACGCUACUGCAGAACUAGGAACCACUGCUGAUCGUAGAGUUACAGAAGAGUCGUACACAUCAAUACCUGGAACAUCGUCUGCCCCAAGUUUCUUGAGGGAGAACGCCACUGUAGAUUUGGAAACCACUGCUAGUCAUACAAAUUCUGAAGACUCCUACACAUCAAUGUCAGAAACAUCAUCUGUCCCAAGUUUCUGGAGGGUGAACACCACUGAAAAUUUGGGAAUCACUUCUGAUCAUACAGUUAGAGAAGGCUCGUACACAUCUAUAUCAGGAGCAUCGUCCACCGAAAAAUUGUGGAUGGAGAACACCACUGAACAGUGGGGAAGCACUGCUGCUGAAACAGUUACCGAGGGCUCGUACACAUCAAUAUCAGAAUCAUCGUCUCUUGGAAUGCCCUGGACGCUGAACACGGCUGAAAAAACCGGCGCAGCUGUUGAUCCCACAUUUACGGAGCACCCGUAUUUACCAAAAACGCAAGCAACCUCUGGCUCAAAUUCGUUGAUGGAGAACAGAACCGAAGAAACGGCAGCCACUGUUUAUCAAACAAAUUCAAAAAGGUCGUACUCACCAAUAACAGAAACAUCGUUUCUCGCUAAUUCCUGGACGGAGAACACGACUGAUGGAAUUGGAAUGACUGUUGAUCGAAUACUUAGUGGAGGCGUGUACCCGUCGAUUUCAGAAACAUCGUCCGUUCCGAUCUCCUUGGAAAAUCGAAAGGGGGAAAUCGGAACGACUUCUAUUGCAGGGCUAAGAAGUACACCUCCUACUUCCCAGAGGCGCACGGCUUUGUAUACUGCUCCUACAACACAGAACGAACUGGUUGCGACUGUUGGAUCGCAGACAGAAUCGCCAAACGCUCUUCCCGUUUCCGGUUUAGAUGUGGGGUUGGUGACCGCUCAUGUCUUGAUCACUCCUGAAAAGCAAUGUGAAAACAAAUCAGCGCGCACACUGCCCCAUGAGUCGGAUGGGGAAUUUUAUUACCGAUGCUACCAUGGAAUGGCUCUGCUUCGUAAAUGCACAAGAGGUCUGCUAUUUAAUUCUACCACUAGAGAAUGCAGCAAGCCUUCUUCAAACGGCUAUGAUAGUGCACCAGCGAAAGCAUCCCCGAUGAGCCUGCACGUCCUCAAGCUCCUCAACAAAGUGGCGUCCGGUGAAGUGCGACUGGGUGACCAGGAUAGAGUGGGCGUCGAUGUGAACUUCAAGUUUAAUGUCGGUGGAAAUAAGUGACUGGCUGCUAGCUUGCUAAAAUAAAGUCAAUUUAAGGAUUGUUAAGGGCGCCAUAAGUUCACUGUAAUGCUCGUUUUUAGCUGUUUAUUGCACUAAAAUAAGUAAGGUCACUUGCACCCACAUGCUAGAAUUUAUAGUGAAUAAAUAGUUUCGAAAUGUUCGAAAUAAAUUCUGCAGAGAACAUG